AACCAAUUGGAGCACAGAGGAGCGGGGUAGACCAGGCGCACCGGAGGGAGUUCUCAGGGCCUCUGCCGCCGCUGUACUGCCGCGGCAGGGGCGUGGAGGGCCGGGGCGGCCGGGCUAGUUGCAAACAUGGCUCAGAGCAGAGACAGCGGGAAUCCAUUCCCUGACUCAGGCGAGCUUGACAACCCCUUUCAGGACCCAGCUGUGAUCCAACACCGGACAAGCCAACAGUAUGCCACACUUGAUGUCUACAACCCAUUUGAGAACCGAGAGCCCCCACCAGCCUAUUCGCCUCCUGUCCCAGCCCCAGCACCAGCACCAUUGCCGCCACCCUCAGCUCCCUCUGUCCAGUCCUCAAGAAAGCUCAGUCCUACAGAGCCCAAGAACUAUGGCUCCUACAGCACUCAGGCCUCAGCUGCCGCGGCCACCGCCGAGCUGCUGAAGAAGCAGGAGGAACUCAACCGCAAGGCCGAGGAGCUGGACCGCAGGGAGCGAGAGCUGCAGAACGUUGCCCUGGGUGGCACAGGCACUCGACAGAACAACUGGCCUCCCCUACCGUCUUUUUGCCCAGUGCAGCCUUGCUUUUUCCAGGACAUCUCUAUGGAGAUCCCCCAAGAAUUUCAGAAGACAGUGUCCACCAUGUACUACCUCUGGAUGUGCAGCACUUUGGCUCUCUUCCUGAACUUCCUCGCCUGCCUGGCCAGGUUCUGUGUGGAUGCCAGCAGUGGCUCAGGCUUUGGGCUGUCUAUGCUCUGGCUCCUCCUCUUCACACCCUGCUCCUUUGUCUGCUGGUACCGCCCGAUGUAUAAGGCUUUCCGGAGUGAUAGUUCAUUCAAUUUCUUCGUUUUUUUCUUCAUUUUCUUCGUCCAGGAUGUGUUCUUUGUCCUCCAGGCCAUUGGCAUCCCAGGGUGGGGCUUCAGCGGCUGGGUCUGUGCUCUGGUGGUGGUGAAAGGCAACCCCGCCGUGGCUGUGCUCAUGCUGCUGGUUGCACUGCUCUUCACUGCCAUCGCUGUGCUGGGAAUUGUGAUGCUGAAGCGGAUCCACUCCUUGUACCGCCGGACAGGUGCCAGCUUUCAGAAGGCCCAGCAAGAAUUUGCCGCUGGUGUCUUCUCUAACCCUGCAGUUCGAACAGCUGCAGCCAAUGCAGCUGCGGGGGCUGCUGAAAAUGCCUUCAGGGCCCCAUGAUCCCUACUGGGGUGCCCUGGCCCAGCCACCGUGCAAACUAAGAUAGCCCCCUAUCCCUGGAGUCUCUGGGAUUCAGAGGGACAUCACCACUUGGUUACUUCUAUGGAGCUCUUAAUUCCAUGACUCUAACCGACUUGGAGGUGUGGGAAGCCCACUGUGACUCAGUCAUUACUUGCCUUUAUCUCCCAUCUGGCCACAUUGCUGUCACCUCUCACAUACCCCAAACCCAGCUUCCCUCUGCUGUGCCAAGGAUGUCUUCUUCCGUUAUUUAAAUUAAAAAAAAAAAAAAGUGUAACUG